CUUCAAAAAGAUCAUCUUGGAUCCACUUCAAGAGUUUAUUCCUAUCCCUGCCAAACUUAUUCUUUUUUUUUACCCUCCCCUGGAGCUACCACCCUUUUGCUUUCUUGAUGACUCGAACUCACAAACUUUCGGAUUGGAAGUAAGAGCUGCUUACCAUCCGAGCAAUUCCCUCUCGUCUGCCAAACUUAUUCUUGAUCACUGCCUAAGAAGUAAAAAUAUUUAAUUAGCUCUCUGAUACUACUAGAAUUCACUGUUUUGAAAAGUAUCAGGUUUAACCCUUCCUGGUACUAUUAUAAAAGAAGCAUAUCGGAUGGAUAUAGUGAAGGAUUUAACCGCUGGUACUGUUGGAGGAGCAGCACAAUUGAUAGUUGGGCACCCUUUUGAUACCAUCAAAGUCAAGCUCCAAAGCCAGCCUACUCCACUUCCAGGGCAACCUCCUAAGUAUGCAGGGGCCAUAGAUGCUGUCAGGAAAACAGUGGCCUCUGAAGGUCCAAGGGGGUUAUACAAAGGCAUGGGAGCUCCACUUGCCACUGUAGCCGCCUUCAACGCUUUGCUUUUCACUGUUAGAGGUCAAACUGAGGCCUUGUUAAGGUCUGAACCGGGAGCUCCUCUUACUGUCAAGCAGCAAAUCCUUUGUGGGGCUGUUGCUGGAACUGCUGCAUCAUUUCUUGCCUGCCCGACUGAACUCAUAAAAUGCAGGUUGCAAGCGCAUAGCGCAUUGGCAAGUGUAGGAUCAGCCUCUGCGGCCAUAAAGUAUACAGGGCCAAUGGAUGUUGCAAGACACGUUCUCCGUUCAGAAGGAGGUGUAAGGGGUCUCUUCAAGGGUAUGUGCCCCACCCUGGCACGAGAAGUACCGGGAAAUGCUGUUAUGUUUGGUGUAUACGAAGCGUUAAAGCAGUACUUUGCAGGAGGGAUGGAUACUUCUGGGCUAGGAAGGGGUUCUCUUAUAGUAGCUGGAGGCUUGGCUGGUGGUUCAGUCUGGUUUGCAGUGUAUCCGACAGAUGUUAUUAAGAGCGUAAUUCAAGUUGAUGAUUAUAGAAACCCGAAAUACUCUGGCUCUUUUGAUGCUCUUAAAAAGAUUUUGGCCUCAGAAGGUGUCAAAGGCCUUUACAAGGGGUUUGGACCUGCUAUAACGCGUAGCAUCCCAGCAAAUGCAGCUUGCUUCUUGGCAUAUGAGAUGACUAGGUCUAGUUUGGGAUAAUUGCUCCAAUGUUUUAGGACAAUUGUGUUUUCAAAAUUUUUUACAAUAUCAUUGUUUCAAGAUUAAGAAGGAAAAUUUUGUGAACCUAGUUCUGUUUUCAUACAAAGCCAAAAUAGGAAUAUGUUAUCACAAUAGUUCCCAAUCUCUGGUUUCAUCUUCAGUGUCUAUUUGUUUUUUGUUAUUGUUAUGUCAGAUGGAUUAAAAAUCAAGGAGAUGGUAAAUUUCAUUCAAAAUGUUGUUGUAUCUUCCCAUUUCUAAAUAAUUGAAACAUGACAUUUGGUCAAAAA